CUCAGUCUUGCUCUACACGCGGAGGUGGACGGACGUGCGCACUCAUCGCCUCCUGCAUUAGGUUGCAUUCCUCCUUCCACCGAGCACAAAUUUCUUUGACAGAGAGGCCACGAUGUGGAGUGGUGACCACUGCUAGGAGAGAAGCGGCCGCGGUGGGGGUGCGGUACGACACCUCCCUCACCUGGAGCAUGGAUGCCACAACUUCCCAGACGUAGGAGAGUGGUGUGUCCUGAGACAGGGAGCAGCGUGGAGCGAGGACAGGCGGGGGACGCAGGAGAGGCAGGCCACACCCCCCCCCCCCUGGAUGGAACUGUGGGCAGGUUGCUUCUCUCCCUCAGCCUCUCACCUCAGCGGGAGCCAUGAAGGCCAGACACUUCGGCAGGCGCUUCUCCCUCCAGCCGGCGCUGUAUGAGGAGGACCCGCCAUCAGCCAGGAGCAGCCAGCAUGACCCGCCGGCAGCAGCAGCAGCAGGCAGACGAGCAACAGCAGCAGUAGCAGCAGCAGGAGGAGCGGGGCCCUCAGGGGCGUGCCCGGGCGUGGGGGCGGCCACUCCUGAGGGCUGUGAGGGCCAGACCAGGAGGUACAGAGUGGUGGUGAUGGGCGCCGCCAAGGUUGGUAAGACCGCCAUCAUCAACCAGUUCCUUUACGACUCCUUCACGCCCAAGUACACCAGGACGGUGGAGGAGAUGCAUCAUGGCGAGUACGAGGUCUCGGGCAUGUCCCUCACGCUGGACAUCCUGGACACGUCUGGCUCCUACGAGUUCCCGGCGAUGAGGGAACUCUCUGUCAACACGGCCGACGCCUUCAUCCUCGUCUACUCCAUCACUGAUGAUGAGUCCUUCCAGGAGGUGCGACACCUUCGGGACUUCAUCCUGCAGACGAAGAAGGAGACGGUGCCCAUCGUGGUGGUGGGGAACAAGGCAGACCUGGAGGAGCAGCGAGCGGUGCCUCAGGAGACGGCAGAAACCAUCGUUUUGGUCAAAUGGGAAAAUGGUUUCCUGGAAGCCAGCGCUAAGGACAAUCUUAAUGUCCUCCACAUCUUCAAGGAGCUCUUGAACCAGGCCAAGAUUAGGUAUGCUCUGAGUCCCGCCGUGAAGAGGAGGAGACAGUCCAUGCCGAACGUGGGCAUGCAGAUCACCCCGGCCCAGCUCUCCCACCUCCACCACAUCAGGCAGAAGAGCAGCGGCAAGCGCAACUCUUGCGUCAUCUCCUAAGCCAUGUUGGAUAUAUUCUUGUUGGGGGGGGAGGGGAGAGAGAGGUUCUAUUUUUUAAAUGGUAAGAUAGAAUUUUACCACAUUAUAAGAGGUUAAACAUGACUGAAUGACCUGUAGAUGUAUCCAACACGGUCGACUCGAUAAGAUGUCGCUUUAGCUUAUACAAAGUCCUAACAGGAAUCUUGCGAUUGUAUUCGUUAUAUAUAUAUAUAUAUAUAUAUAUAUAUAUAUAUAUAUAUAUAUAUAUAUAUAUAUAUAUAUAUAUAUAUAUAUAUUUAGUUUGUGAGGAAACACGAAAAUGGACGAUGAAAAAAUUAUUUGUUCACCAUUGUUAAAAGGCGAAUAUAAAAUGUAAUGUUAAUAUGAGAGCUAACAGGUGGAACACGUGCUGACAGGUUCACCACACACCUGUGGCAGGACUCAUGACAGGUGUGGCAGCUAUGGAACAAUGCUAGAUGCAGUAACUACAGACAAUGAACAUUGAUGUGACACUCUCAGAAAAUGGAUAUAAACAUUGCACAGAAAAUGGACACCUUGGAAAAUGGACAUUUAUGUGACACUUUUGGCCAAUAUCGCCUCAAUAUAAAGCCUUUGAUUACCGGAGCGUUACGGGCGCAGUGGCCACACCGCCAGUCAGUCGAGGGUGUAGGUGUUACUGUGUAGUGCUGAGUGUUACUGGGAGGGUGUAGGUGUUACUGUGUGUGGUGCUGGGUGUUACUGGGAGGGUGUAGGUGUUACUGUGGGAGCGGCGACGGUCAGUGAGCGCAGCCUACUCACGUCCAAGCCCCUCGAGGUAAACAAACACCCGCCCUCAACACAUUCAUGAUGGUUCCCCAUUCAUCGUCCAGGAAAUAAAUGUUGGUACAGUCCUUGUGUUCACUUGUCAGCCUCACCAUCCCACAAGCACAAGUAUCUGACGUAUAAAUGAUAUAACACGAACAAAACUAACCAUGUUUACAUUUCUAUUAAGCAUGUAGGAAUAAAGGUGGAUGCAAUGUAGCUUUGUUAAAGUAUUUCUGCCAGAUUUGUUUUAAAGCUAUUAAUAAUUCUUAACCUUCACUGUAAUUCUAUAUAGUCCUUGUUAGUAGUAAGUAAGAGCGCUCUCGAAAGGCCAAACCAAAAAUACCCAACUCCCCGAAGACAAACAGCCAGUGUAUAUAUAUCAUCGGUGAAGGAGCUUAUCCCAAUUGGGGCAAUAUUGGAACAGUACAGUGGGAGGGAAGUGAGACCCGUCGCCUCCCCCACACUCCUACACCACCGUGUCUGGGCAGACGUUUGUGAGCUCUUUACCAAUAUAUUACUCCAAAAGGUUUGCUUGAUGCGUCACACCAGUAUGGGUGAGGGUUGCCUGCUGCACCAGCACCCACACAGGCCCGGGCACACCACCCCACACACCACAAUACACUCCUUCUUGUUGUUGUUUUAGAUUCAGCUACUGGGAAGAAAAAGUUGCAAGUAGCACGGACUAUGGUGAGCCCGUAGUGGACCUACCUGGCACAGGAGCGGGGCUGUAACUUGAGAACGUACUCUUAAUGCACUCUCUAUAUUCUCCACAAAGUAAUACUGAAAUUGCCUCCUCUAUUCAUUUUAAUCACUCCUUUAAUAAGGCUUUUCAGUGGCUGUAAAUGGCUUUACGGCUUUACGGUGGCUCAAGUCGCUCUCAGGUUUCCAGCCACUUUAUCAAAUCCUUUUCCAGGGUUUCCAAUAGCUUGAAUAAGUCCUUAUCCAGGCUUUCCAGCGACUAGUAAGUCCUUAUCCAGGCUUUCCGGUGGCUUUUUAUUCAGUCAAUAUCCAGGCUUUCCAAUGGCUUCAACAAUCCCUAAUCAGCAUUCUCCAAUCCAUUUAAUAAGUCUAUAUGUCUAAUCUCCGGUGGCUAUUAAGUCUUCGUCUUGUCUUGUGAGUAAGUUAAUUUAAUAUAAGUUUUUAUAUUGGAGUAGAGGACACAGUAGAGGGGCAGGGAGGUCAUGGCAGCCGGCGACACCUAGCACAGUCCAGGGACGACGGUUCGAUCCCAUUGUAUGGCCUUAAUAUUUUCUCACAGAUAUAUAACGUUUUCUGUUCUCACUCUGCGCAUACUUUUCAUACUGAAGUGAGUAUGCGUCAAGGUUCGUAUGACGUUUAGUGCUAGAGUUAACCAUAAUUUAAUACAUUUAUCUUCUCAACUUGGUACUUUCUGAAAUGCAAGUUGCAUCAACGUGAUGCAGUGUACAGUAAUUAUUUAUUUAUUAUAGUUAUUAUAUAGUUAUUAUUAUAGUUAUAGUUAUUCGCAAACAAUGAGAAUUUUUACAAGAGUCGCCAGUGGAAUGCACACACUCCCUUGCCUACACCUUCAUGUUGGCAUCAGUGUGGUCGCUCCCACCACACACACAUGACUCUUGAGUCACCCCACAGGUGGCACGGGCAUGAAUAGCCCGUAAGUGGUAGAUUUCUUUGAGUGAAUGUGACCUAUGGUGGAGAAAACACACAGAGAGAGUGCCUCUUUAGUAUAUAUGUGCUCUGAGGUCAUGACCUAGUUCUCAUUCACCUGCUUUUCCACCUUCCGAUAUUCCCGCUUCGUAAGUUCCCGCUUCGUAAGUUUCCGCUUCUAAAGUUUCCGCUUCUAAAGUUCCCGCUUCUAAAGUUUCCGCUUCUAAAGUUCCCGCUUCUAAAGUUCCCGCUUCUAAAGUUCCCGCUUCUAAAGUUUCCGCUUCUAAAGUUCCCGCUUCUAAAGUUCCCGCUUCUAAAGUUCCCGCUUCUAAAGUUUCCGCUUCUAAAGUUUCCGCUUCUAAAGUUUCCGCUUCUAAAGUUCCCGCUUCUAAAGUUUCCGCUUCUAAAGUUCCCGCUUCUAAAGUUCCCGCUUCUGAAGUUUCCGCUUCUAAAGUUCCCGCUUCUAAAGUUCCCGCUUCUAAAGUUCCCGCUUCUAAAGUUCCCGCUUCUAAAGUUCCCGCUUCUAAAAUGUAAAUUCCCCUGGG